AUGCAAUACAGACUCAUCCUUGCUUCGGCCUUACUUACCACGGCCUACGCCGUCCCCCACCCCGAAAUCACAGAACCACCCACCGUCUACCGACGACAAAACAUCUGGGACCAACUCGGUAGCGACUUUGGCGCCGUCGGCACCGAUAUUAGCAAUGCCUUCACCAGUCUCGGCGGAGAAUUAGGUUCCGACUUGCAAAGCAUCGGUGGCUCAAUCACUUCUGGCUGGGAUUCCUUCACUCAUUCCAUUGCUUCAUACGCCAGUGCCGCCCCGUCAGAUUACAGUAAAUGGGCCAGCGACGCUUCGAGCCUUGCUAGCGAUGCACAUGUGCAAGCCACUUCGUGGGCAGCUAGGGCCCAGAGUGAGACGAAUAGUGCUUCUGCCUCGAUAGCAUCACAGUUUGCUUCUGAUGCUUCUAUUGUGGCGGAUAACGAGAGCAGUGCGGCCGCAUCUUUGGCCUCGCGUGCUUCGAGUGCCGCUGCCAGUGUUACUGGAACUACUACUUUGACCUCGGCAACUACGCUUACCAACUCCGCUGGUUCUGCUACUUCUACUUCUACUUCUACUUCUACCGGUACUUUGACUACUACGCACACCGGGGCUAGUGCUGCGACUACUUCUGCAACUUCGACUUCGACUGGUGGUGCUGCCGCCGCUACUGCGGGAUUGGGUAUGGGACUCGCCGGAAUUGCUGCUGGUCUUAUCGGUGUUGUUGCCGUUUAUAUGGGAUCUGGUGUCUGGUUCCUUAUUAAGGGUCUGCUAUGA